UCGCCCCGCCGCGGGGCCGGGCGGCCGCGGCGCCACCGACACCUUACUUCCUGCUUCGCUACCCGGGGCCAGACCCAUCGCGGCGGAGGGAUCCCGCCGCCUCCCGCAGCCUCCUCCCCCUCCUGCUUCUGCUUUUCCCCGCUCCCUGCUGCAAGGAAAUUAUUUGACAGCGAUUUGCUGACACCGGAUUUUUUUUUUUCUUUCUCCUUUAUUUUUUUUUUUUUUUUUUUCCUUCACCCUCUCCUUUCUUUUUGCAUCACGGACUCGGCAGAGCGGCGGGCGGGGGAAGCCGUGCCGGAGAUGGAAUUUUAUGACUCACUGUACUUUGAAUAGGACAAGGAGAUGUGUCUGAUAAGAUAUAUCACUCUGAGAUCACAGAAUGAAAGCAGCAUGAAAUGUUAUGGCAAAGGCAGCACAACAAGAUCCAAGAAUCUCACAAAUGCUCAAAAAUCAGGUGCUUGGUACACUGAACUUACUGAUCUGUGUAGGAUUUGUGCUGUGGUCCAUUUAUUGAAGAUGUGAAGCAACGUCGAGUCUGAGAUUGGAAUUACUGACAGACUGGAGGAGAUUUUAGUCCUUGUGAUGCACAUGGACAUGCUGAAUUAUAAGUAAUUCUAGCUUGUUCUCCCCUCCCCUCCCUUCCCCUCACUCAGCUAUCUCAGGGUUCAUAGAGAUUUCAAUGGUUUGCGUGCCUGUAAGUUUGGAACAGAAGUGACCAAAAAUGGGGGACCAGCAAUUGUAUAAAACCAACCAUACUGCCAACAACAAUGAGAACUUGUACUACGAACAACACCAAAUGAACUCCCUUUCCUCUCUAAAUCAUAGCUAUGGGACGUCUGUUAUGGAUGCUCCCCAGGCAUCCCCCCUCUCCCCUCAGUUUCCCCAAGAUUCAAGGGACAGUAUAGCUUUGCCUGUAGGUUCAAAAAGCCUUGGUUCAAUGCAUACAUCUAGACAAACCAGCUGGACACAUUCUGGCUCAGGAAACCAUGUCCCAGCAAGGAACAGUUUGAAUAAUCAAAGCGCAGUGUGGAGCCCCCUCGGGCAGGGGGACUCCCAUGAUGGAUACCAAUACUCUUACUCUCAACCCAGUGAAAACCGGUCGCAAAAAAUUACCAGUGGGGUCCUGCAUAAAUUGGACUCCUUUACACAAGUAUUUGCUAACCAAAAUCUAAGAAUUCAAGUCAACAACAUGGCUCAGGUUUUGCACACCGAGUCUCCGAUGGUGGAUAAUUCUGGUGACAGUGCGCUCAGGCAGCUGCUGUCCCAGAAGCCAGCAGUUGAGCAACAGCCUGUAACUUCCACUGUACAAAGAUAUCAACCAGUGCCACAGCAAACACAACAGAAUUUUGCAAGCACACAGCAAAAGCAACAAAUGCAAGUCAUGCAGCAUCAACAGUUGUACUACGACUACCAGCAGCACUUAUCACAAAUGCAGAUGCAUUCUGCGUUCCAGCAGGGACAGACGCACGUUCCGCAGAUGCAGUCCCAGCAGCUCUUACCGCAGCAGAUGCAGCACCUGCAGCAGCCUCAGUACUACGCUCAGCCACAGCAGGGGCACCAGCGGCUCUCGAUGCAGGAGAUGCAGCAGCAGCAGCCAGCUCGGCAGCAGCGGCAGUGUCCAGUGCAGAUCGCUCAGUAUUACCAAACACAACCUGUCAUGCAGCAGUUACAGCAACAGCAGCAGCAGAUGCAAUUGCCACUUCCUCCGUAUCACAGGGAACCCGAUCCAAAGACUAUGCAUGAACCACACCAGUACUCUCAGGAUCCCAGUCAUCCUGUACAGCUUAUCCAGUUGGGAGCAGUGCCUCAGUAUUGCUUCCAAGAUCCCCAUGAACAGUACAGGCACUUGUACCCACAGAGUUUACUGCAGCAGCAGCAAGAUCAGCAGAAGCAAUACCAGAGCAAGAGCAGAGUGCCAUCUCUGAACUCCCAUGUUGGCCUCACUCCACCAGAGACCACAGAGGAUCCUGCACGGCAGGAGGUAAAUUCUGUAGGUAAUGCCAUCCCUCAUCGAACACUUUUGCCACCCUCGGGAGUUCAUCUGAACAACAAAAGCUCUCAGCAAGACUCUCCCACUGCCACAUGGCCUCAGCAGGUGCAUCUGUCAGAAGGCAGACUGCAGCAGCUGUCCCCAGAACAAAGUGGCCAGAACAGAGAAACAUUUCCUGAGAGAGCUGAUGUGAAGAACAAGCUAAUGUGUUCAAUAUGCUUGAAGGAGUUUAAGAGUUUGCCUGCUCUAAAUGGUCACAUGAGGUCACACGGAGGAGUAAGAGCAUCUCCUAACUUCAAACAGGAUGAAGGAGAGAAACCACCACAGCAGCCGCUGCCUAAAGAGGUGGAAAGCCUCGCACCCAUCGUCAUGCCAGUGUCUGUCCCUGUAAAGCUUCUGUCACCUGAGCCCAGCACGCAGCCCUCUGCCAGCGCUGCCACAGUCACAGACAAGCCUGCCAACUCUGUGUCAGAUGACGAGAUGCCCGUUCUCGUGAAGAUGACUUACUCUCCACCAUGCAGUCCAAAAGUGGCCAACCCCUGCUCAUCCUCUGAAACUAGCAAAAAACCUCAUCCAAGUGCUGUAAAAUUGGAAGAAAACUUCAAACCAUUGCAGGAUAAGAAGAAGUAUCGGCACAGACCGGAACCUCUCUUCAUACCUCCUCCUUCUUUCAACCUCAGCAUGUCCCACUCCGGUGCCACUCUGUACCAGAGUCAGCUUCGCUCUCCCCGUGUUCUGGGAGAUCAUCUGCUAGACCGGACACAUGAGCUCCCCCCCUACACUCCGCCACCGAUGCUUAGUCCAGUUCGGCAAGGGUCUGGUCUCUUCAGCAGUGUUAUCACUUCAUCUCAUAGCACCUCACAUACUCAGCUGCCACUUACUCCACUGACACCUACUCCGCGGGUGCUCCUGUGUCGAUCUAAUAGUAUUGAUGGAAGUGUCAUUCCAGUGACGCCUGGGCAUGGAGAACAGACUGUUGAACCGCGAAUCAAUAUCGGGUCCAGGUUCCAGGCUGAUAUUCCUGAGCUGCAGGACAGAUUGCUAAUGGAGAAAGACGUGCACAAGGCUACUUUGGUCUGGAAACCGUGGCCAGAACUGGAGAACAAAGUCUUCCAACAAAGAGUGGAAGACCUUUUAAAUAUGAGCUGUUCCAGUGUGUUACCUGGUGGAGGAACUAACUCAGAAUACGCUUUGCACUCUCUCUUUGAAGCGAAAGGAGAUAUUAUGGUUACUCUUGAAAAGCUGCUGUUGCUAAAGCCAGUGAGAUUGAAGUGUCAUCCUUUGGCAAAUUACCACUACGCUGGUUCUGACAAAUGGACACAUCAAGAAAGGAGGCUGUUCAAAGAGGCAUUGUCCACCUACAGCAAAGACUUCAUAUAUGUACAGAAAAUGGUUAAGUCUAAGACAGUUGCACAAUGUGUGGAAUACUACUAUACCUGGAAGAAAAUCUUGCGUUUGGGACGGAAACACAGAACACGUUUAGAGAAAAAAAGAGACGAAUGCCUGACAAGUGGAGAAGAGGAAGUGUUAGAGGAAGAUGAGGAGAUUGAAGAAGACAGAAAGGAAGAAACGGAAAUGCAGAAGUCUCCUGACCCACCAGCUAUCCCUCUUGUUGGACCCAUAGAUCUGCCUGCUCUUCAGGGUCUUCCACUUUCUUCGUCCUCCUUCAUCUGUAAAAUGCCAAAUUGUGGCGCUGUGUUCAGUUCCCGACAAGCGCUAAAUGGCCAUGCUCGCAUUCAUGGAGGUACGAAUCAGGUGACGAAAACACAAUGCACCAUCCCAGGCACUAAGCAGAAAUCUGGUACGCAGAGCGGAUACUGCUCCAUCAAGAGUUCACCUGCCCACAGCACAACAAGCGGUGAGACCGACCCAACAACAAUUUUUCCUUGCAAGGAGUGUGGCAAGGUAUUUUUCAAAAUCAAAAGCCGCAAUGCUCACAUGAAGACUCACAGACAACAAGAAGAACAGCAAAGGCAGAAGGCUCAGAAAGCUGCUGUGGCAGCAGAAAUGGCAGCCACUAUCGCAAGAACUACUGGGCCAGCUGGGCAUAGUUUGAUCCCCCUGGAUCACAUGGGUUUGGUUAAACAUGUUGAAAAUGUUGGUGACAUUGAUGACGAUGUUGUUCCGGAUCUGGGCGAUGUCAUGGAAGAGAACGAAGUCAUGGAUGCCGACCUUUUAUUGGAUGAUGAAGAUCCAGAUCUACUGCAGGAUGAUGCUGAGUUGUAAAUAAAGUUGUUUGAUAGACAGCUACUGAGCACACCCUGAAUGGAUCAAUCAGGAAACCUGGACUGCUUGUUUAUUCCCCUCUGAUUGUAAACUACCUGUUGAAAAUGAUAAUUCUUUUAUCCAGGUCUAGAAAAAAAAAUCUGCUUUUUUCCCUUUUUUUUUAUUAAUUUGUGUUUUGGGGAAGAAAUAAAUAAUUGGUACAAAUAUUCUUAUAAGGUGUUUUUAUCUGAGCUCUUCUUGAUGAUAAAUUCCAAGGCCACUAAUUACAGAAGUUUGUGGUUCUGCUGUCAGUUCCUUCCAGAUGGUCCCAGUAGAAUCUUUAACUCUUCCAAGUUUCAUUUUACCCCAAUUGCAAGAAUAAACUUCACACACUUUUGAUGAAACA